CCCUUUCUCACUCUCUUUUCGUGCUCAUUCACCUCUGGCCUCCUCCAUUACAAACAUUCCAACUCCACAAACCACAUUUCUUACAUUUUCUUCUCCGGUCAGAAAGAUUGGGCGUAGUAGCACCCCAUCAGAUGGCACCCGUUUCCCGACUUUCUCCCCUCUAAUUAGCGGAGUAGUUCUUGACAAUAGCCGAUUUUGAUACUUUGGGCAGCCGGACAAAUCUUACAUGAAGAGGUGAAGCAAAUUACGUCAGUGAAAGUGACUGAUCAAGGAAGAAAAUGGGAGUACAAAUUUCAUGCAGUGAUGAAGCAUGGGGUGCAACUUGCAGUAACUGUUAUGCCACAUGGGAAACACUACACUUCACUACACUCGAGUUCUAUUGGGUUCACCGCCAUUGGAAUUCCACGUCCAGAUAGACACGAGCAGUGGAAUUUCAUGGGUCAGUUGUGCAUCGUGCAAUGGCUGUCCACUAUCUAGCGGAUUUCCGUUCCACCUUCAAUUCUUCAACCCGCAAGGCUCCUCUACAUCUUCGUUUAUCCCAUGCUCGGAUCAUCGGUGUGCUUCCCACAACAUUGGAUGUUCAAGCAGUAAUAAUCUAUGCAAAUACAACAUUACAUAUGGCGAUGGUGGGGAGACAGCAGGUUACUACAUUGCUGACAACAUUCAUUUGGAUAUGAUUAAUAGUAAUAAAUAUGCUUCAAGUGUGAUCCCCAUUGUAUUCGGGUGAGCCUUUUAUUGUUUUAUGUUUAACCAAUAAAUUUCGAAUUUUCGAUAUUUGGAUGUUACCAGCUUUUCAAUUGGUAGUGUUUUGUUUACGGCGUAAGUUGUGAUAUGACAGAUGUAGUACUUAUCAGCUCGGAUAUUUGGCACAAAGCAACUUGGCACUUGAUGGGAUCUUCGGGUUUAAUCAAAAUAAAAUGUCCAUUAUCUCGCAGCUUUCCUCGAAAGGUGUUGUCCCAAAAGUAUUCUCCCACUGCCUAAAAGGUGUUGAAUCUCAUGUGGACUCCCCUCGCUCCACACAAGUAUGUAUCUUGUUCCUUCAAUUUCAUAAGCUAGAUGUUUCUUUGAGAUUCAAACAUGUACUCAUGGUUUACUCUCAUGUGUACAAAAUGUUCAUUAUCACCUUUAUACUACGUAUAUUAUAUUGUUCCUGUGAAACAGGUUAUUAAGAGUAUUACCCAAUUUCACUACUUUUAUCUAAUUAUUUUGCAUGUCCUUUCCAGUAGAGCUAGAUUAUGAGAAAUAUGUAUACACCCAGUACUACAAAAAAUACUUUUUGAGUCGCAUAUAAACUUCCUUUACGCAUCGCUUUAGAGGUGAUGCAAAAGCCACCAAUGCAUAAAAUAAUGUGUCUAUUGCAUCACUCUCUAAGCAACGUGUCGUAAAGCAACGCAAAAGCCACCAAGAGUGAUGAAUAGACAUGUUACUUUAUGCGUUGGUGGCUUUUGCAUCACCUCUAAAGCGAUGCGUAAAGGAAGUUUAUAUGCGACUCAAAAAGUAUUUUUUGUAGUAGUGGUGUAUACAUAUUUUUCAUAAUCUAGCUCUAGUGGAAAGGACAUGCAAAAUAAUUAGAUAAAAGUAGUGAAGUUGGCUAAUACUCUAAAUAGCCUGUUUCACAGGAACAAUAUAAUAUACGUAGUAUAAAGGUGAUAAUGAACAUUUUGUACACAUGAGAGUAAACCAUGAGUACAUGUUUGAAUCUCAAAGGAACAUCUAGCUUAUGAAAUUGAAGGAACAAGAUACAUACUUGUGUGGAGCGAGGGGAGUCCACAUGAGAUUCAACCCGACUGCCUCACCAAGCACAAAAAAACUGCCAUCUCCAUCUUUUAGGCAGUGGGAGAAUACUUUUGGGACAACACCUUCCGAGGAAAGCUGCGAGAUAAUGGACAUUUUAUUUUGAUUAAACCCGAAGAUCCCAUCAAGUGCCAGGUUGCUUUGUGCCAAAUAUCCGAGCUGAUAAGUACUACACCUGUCAUAUCACAACUUACGCCGUAAACAAAACACUACCAAUUGAAAAGCUUGUAACAUCCAAAUAUCGAAAAAUCGAAAUUUAUUGGUUAAACAUAAAACAAUAAAAGGCUCACCCGAAUACAAUGGGGAUCACACUUGAAGCAGAUUUAUUACCAUUAAUCAUAUCCAAAUGAAUGUUGUCAGCAAUGUAGUAACCUGCUGUCUCCCCACCAUCGCCAUAUGUAAUGUUGUAUUUGCAUAGAUUAUUACUGCUUGAACAUCCAGUGUUGUGGGAAGCACACCGAUGAUCCGAGCAUGGGAUAAACGAAGAUGUAGAGGAGCCUUGCGGGUUGAAGAAUUGAAGGUGGAACUUCAAAAGAAAUUUAGGUCAGUCAAAUUUUAAUUUAGUGUUAACAGCAUACUUAUAGUGGAUAUUGAAAAAGACUGCAAUUGCGGAAACUUAUAUCGGAAAUCCGCUAGAUAGUGGACAACCAUUGCACGAUGCACAACUGACCCAUGAAAUUCCACUGCCGGUGUCUAUCUGGACGUGGAAUUCCAAUGGCGGUGAACCCAAUAGAACUCGAGUGUAGUGAUGUCUGAAGCAAAAAAACAAGAUGGGUACAGUGAAUUUGCUAUGCUGAACGAAAAUAAGAUCAACAGUAAAACAAGGCGAUCAUCUUAGAAUCAGGGAUUAUCGAAAAUAGUAAUUGUCAAGGACUAAAAUUAAACUUAAUCUAUUAAUAUCUAAAAGCAAAAUGUUUUUGCUACAGGAUUUCCGCUCAAAACUAUCAACAUCAAUACAAAUAGCAAAAAAAAAAGAUAAGGAAAAAUAUCAAAAAAGAUAAAAACAAAUAAAGGGUUGCAGGAAAUGGGGUAACUGGGAUUAUAGUGUUUCCACAGUGAAAAUUACAAAUUUAGUGUGCACAUUCAUCUGAAUCUAUUCAUACGUAGUGUUUCCCAUGUGGCAUAACAGUUACUGCAAGUUGCACCCCAUGCUUCAUCACUGCAUGAAAUUUGUACUCCCAUUUUCUUCCUUGAUCAGUCACUUUCACUGAAGUAAUUUGCUUCACCUAUACCCCAAAAUAAGUUUACUCAAUUGUAUGACAUUUUGCUAUAAAUGUGAGCUUCAAUCAUGAUGGUUCACUACUUCACUUGCAAUUGGUUGCUACCAUCAAGGAUACUGUAAUGCAGUAUUCCGGUGGAAAUAAUACUCCCCAAUGAGGAACAAAAUCAAUGACUGUUCGGUUGAUGAUCUGCGAAAUUGAUGAAACCUGGAAUUCUGGAAACACUCUAGUAGACUAGUAGUCAAGUAGAUGUCAAGAGUCAAGAUCUGAAGACUUGUACAUCAAUUGAAUGUUGUUAAACUUUUUGUUGGUACUUGCUGUUUUGGAACAUUUGAUUGCUCAAACUCUAAAUGUUAAACUGCUUUGUGCAUAAGCAGUAUAACUGUGUAAGUGUAUAAGUAAGUACCAAGUAGUAUUGGAGUAAUGUGUAUGAAUGUAUGAGUGUAUAAGUAUUAAGUGUAUAAGUUAUAAACUUAUAACUAUCAGCCAUGUGUUUGGAGUUGUACAAACUCUACUAAUUUUGCAAUUGCUUUUGAUAACAUAUUAUUAUGUAUUUUAUUUGUGUUUGUAAAGUCUAAUCCAACAUUUUUUUUCAAGGUGAUUUUAUGAA